AUGAAUGCUGCAAAACGGGAACAAACCAUGGAUCAUACGACCUUGGAUCGCCUUGUUUCAAUGGCACCUGCUGUGGAAGGAGAUGACUUCAAGGGUAAGGACGAGGAACUGGGUAGCGUUUGCAAGAUUACAGCAGAUGAAGAUGCUGCUGUGAGGGUAUCCAUGCUGGACUUGGACGCCAGUGGUAGCAGCUUCCCAAGCGAACACACUGCUUGGACCAACAGCAGCACCACACAAACUCUGAAUGAUGACAGCCAGACGAGUUUCGUACUGGAAGAAUGCAAGCGAAUGGUUGCGUUCCCACGGGGUCGUUCCAGGCUUGCAACGACGAGUCCUCUUGGUCCAAGCAAAAAACCCAGCAUCAAAGCCGCCUGCAGUAGUCUGGACGACUCGAACGUGACGUUGCCAACCCUGUCUACUGCAACAGAAGACUUCUCGAGUAAUCACGAAAGCACUACAAGCUUUGGCCUGGAAGAUAGCAAGCAUAGCAUUGUUCAUACUCCACCAAAGACUCGACGCAUCCUUGUUGUCAGGAGAGGCAGUUUGAUUCCAACUACACCAACCACGCCUCGACUAACUACCAGCAUUAUUGAUUUGGGGUCUGAUCUUGCACUUCCACCAAACAGCGCCAUACAGGAAGAUUGCAAGGAAAGUGUAGUGCUCUCUCCAAGCUCGUCGAGUUUGCGCAGAUCCAGUGCCCCAUCUCUGUCUCCUCGGGGAGUAAGCACAAGACUCGUGAAUAGCUCGUCGGGGAUCAUGAACUUGCCAUCUCUUCCCACGUUGGACCGCGUACACAGCCGUGGCUCCAGCCAGAUGCUAAGGGAAAGCAAAGAUUCCGUGACCUAUCCCAGAACUCGAAGAGCCAGCGCCCCUUGUCUUCAACGCUUGGAAAACACUGCUAGUCGACGACGUUCCGAUACACGUGGCUUGGCCCGCAAGUCUUUCAAGAACCGGGCGGUCCACUCGAGACCAGAAGCGGUGCAGCAAAGAGGCCUUCGAUCCAAACGGUCCAGAUCAUGGACCCAUCAAGAGCGUCGAUCCAGUCAAGCUACUAUGGUGACAACACCUUCCACGAGGAACACCAAGGCAGGACUUCGUCGACACACUAGUUGGAAUGUGUUUCUUCUUGGCGCGAGAGACAGUUUGGAUAAUGAUCAUGAUGCACAGAGCAAGGUACAGCAACGGUCGUCUCACCAUCACAAGUCCUGGGCAGAUAAGGAGGCCAAGCGGUCUCAAAGGUCAUCAUGGUCUUCGAGUCCCUCUGCGAGACGAAACACAAUGCCGGUGGUGCCAGUGCCAACCAAAAGAGGCCUACGGAGAGCUACACAUGGCCCAAGCUCACUAAUACCAGGGGCAUACGCUUGUGGCGAACGUCCCGUGUUCCUGGCCAUGGCUCGCCCACAAAGCAGAAGCGAGGACGAAACGGAAGACGAGUUUCAUGUCAUGAUUGACAACGAUGCGGAAGACGAAUGGGAAUUGACCACUGCCGAUUUCCAUGGCGACGACUACGACGAAGAAGAGUCGAUCCAUUUCUAUCCGGAGCGUCCAAGGGCUGAACGACGACCACCACCGACCACCACAACGAAGCCUGAAGAAGCAGUCAAGAACGAGGAAGAACAGAACAGGCGAAGCAAACGCCUGGCAUACAGUCUUGUUGUCCUGCUAGGACUCAUUUCGUUCUUUGCGUUUGGAGCCAUCAUUAUCAAGCCGUCAUUCCUAUACGACGAAAUAACUGAACUGGAGGACAGCAGCAACCCUCGGCAUGGACCGACGUUUCAUUCACGAGAACACGCAACGAUGGUCCUGCUGGAAAGUCUCCCAUUGGCUACAAAGCAAAAAAUCCAAAACGACGACGGAUCCCCACAAUCCAGGGCCUUUGAUUGGAUCAGCAAUGACCCCAACCUGUUAAGCUUUCCGUUGUGGUUGAUGCGGCAGCGAUUCGCCUUAGCAGCAAUCUUCCAUUCCUUGCAAGGAUCCAGCUGGCCUUUGGAUCUCCAGAAGCGAUGGCUUUCCUAUAAAGAUGAUGAAUGUAGCUGGGGCUCAACUGCUGCAAGCCCAUGCAAUCUGGAUGGAACUUAUGUUAGACUUUCUCUGGAUAGAAUACCAAGUCUGGGGAGGGGUCUGCCCGGUGAAGUGACCUUGCUGACAUCCCUGCAAGAGCUGUCAAUCACUCACACAACACAGAAUGCUUCCCUGGAAUUGUUACUCCCUGAGAGGCUGAAUGAGCUGCCAACUUUGGAGAUCAUCAAUCUUUCGAACAAUAACCUUGCAGGAUCCACCAUUCCAAGGUUUCUUGGAUCCUUCCCAAACCUGAAGGAACUAUACUUGGCAGAAGCCUCUUUGGUUGGGUCCAUUCCCAAUGAGUUGAGCCAGCUGGCUAGGCUUGAAACUCUGGAUUUGUCCCAGAACUUUCUCACAGGGACAAUGAUGCAAAAUGCAGCCGCCAUGACCAACAUGGGCGCUCUCUGGCUCCAUGAGAACAGCCUGUCUGGCCCGCUUCCUCCAUCUUGGUCGUCCCUUGACAAGCUACAUUCUCUAUUCUUAUAUUCCAACACCCUAACAGGCACGCUGCCGCCUGAAUGGGGUGCCUUGACUGGUUUGAAGGAGCUGCGACUUAGCCACAACCUGCUUCACGGCACAAUACCAAAUGAAUGGGGGACAAUGUCGAGUCUGAACAGCUUUGCUGUCGAUGGGAAUGAAGAGCUCGGAGGGUCAAUCCCAAAUCUGAUUUGUUCACAUUCUCAAGUCAACAGGAUGCACUUUUCAGUGGAUUGCAAGCAGAUCCAGUGCUGUAUUUACGCACCAGAAAAGUACAAGAAUGCUGAACACCACCAGUAG